AUAUACUUGUCCACGCAGCCUCAGUCAGCGAGCCUAGUCUCAGCGCGUAGUUACAGGGAGUCCGCCAGCUUUGGGAAAUGUCCCAGUCUGAGGGGCUGGACCGUGACACGGGCGGCCUGAGGGAAGGUGAGGGCCUCAAGGAUGUAGAGGAGAGGCCAACUACUAUCUCCUAGCGUCCCAGCCCCUCCUCAAGGUGGAAGUUACUCUCUCCACUUUGCCAAGGAAGAGGAGAAGGUCACAAGAGUUCAGGUGCCCACAGCCUCAGAAGCAUGCAGGAGUCUUCGGGCCCGUCCAUUGGCUUCCACUAGUGGGGGAGGUGGGCUUUGGGCCGUCUCGCUUCCUGAUUGGUUGGCUGCGCAGAUUGGCAGGUGUCCGCCUGCAGUGCACGUCGGGAAGCUGAACAUGGCGGAGGCGGGAAAAGAGCCUGCAGGCCUCGCGUUCCCGGGAGGAGGUGCCACCCAAUGGCCUCUGCAGCGGUAUGGACGCUUCAUGCCCUCAGGCACCGGAGAGCCUCCUGGUCCUGGUCAGGGCGCGGGGACAGCCUCUUCCCUCACAUGGAAGGUUUUUGACUCCAGUGAAGAAUCUGGGUAUCUUGUUCUCACCAUCGUUAUAUCAGGUCAUUUCUUCAUUUCCCAAGGACCCACACUGCUGGAAGGGUUUUCACUCAUUGGUAGCAAGAACUGGUUGAAGAUUGUGAGACGCAUGGAUUGUCUGUUGUUUGGAACGACGAUAAAGAACAAGAGCCGCAUGUUCCGGGUGCAGUUUAGUGGAGGGUCCAAGGAGCAGGCGCUGGAAAGCUGCUGCAGCUGCGUGCAGAAGCUGGCCCAGUAUGUGACCGUCCAGGAGCCUGACAGAGUCAGCCAGGAACUCAGGCCAAGUGCUGGCCUGCUGGGGGCAGGUGAAAGCCAAGGGAAGGAUUGUGCACAGCACAUCCCACCGCAGCACCGGUCACACCAGAAGCCAGAGAAGCAGCAGCAGCAUGGACCGGCCGGCACAGGGACUUCAGGAGGAAGGACCUCAGUGAGUUGGUUGGCUCAGUCUCUCCUGGUGUCAGAGGAGCUGUCCCCGGCCUAUGAACAAUCUGCGUGGGACACGGAAGACUUACGCCCCUUUCUACGCUUGUGCCUCAUGGAUCAGAAUUUCCCCGCAUUUGUGGAAGAGGUGGAAAAGGAACUUAAAAAGCUGACAGGGUUGAGAAAUUAACACUCCACGUACAUAUAGCACUAAGGAACUUGAAAAAGUUCACUGAAAAAGUGCUUCUUCCUAAGAUUAGAUACAAGAAUAAAGAGUAUUAUUCCAAGCA